UCUCCUUAGACGGCAAAACACCAUCCAUGAUGGCGGUGGCCUUCGGCGGAAUAUGGCGGCGGCAUGGGGCUGAGGAGAUGUUGGUUUUUUAAGGCCGGUUGGGCUCUUGAAAGGGAGAAAGUUUCCUAUGAUUAUCCAAAAUGGCAACGGCUACUUUGGCAAGGCGAAUAGGCGAUGCGGUAAAGCAAGCAGCCAGAAAGAACAGUGGCGGAGGCUGGUACGACCCUCACAUGGCCGCGGCCUCUCGUGCCAUCGCCGAGAGAAUCCCGUUAGUUGAUCUCGUUCUUGAAGUCAGAGAUGCAAGGAUUCCAUUGUCAUCGGAGUAUGAGCAAUUGAGAAACUACCCAUCUUCCUCAAGGCGGAUCAUAGUGAUGAACAAGAUGGAUCUUGCAAACCGAUCUCAAAUUAAGGAGUGGAUAAGGUAUUUUGAGAAAAAAAACUGCAUUUCUUAUGGAGUUAAUUCGCAUAAUAAGGAAAAUAUAAAGCAGUUCCUAAAUUUUUUACAAGCCCAAGUCAGAGAAUUAAAGAAGACAGAUCAUUCUAGUUAUACUACAACAAUAAUGCUCGUUGGUAUUCCAAAUGUCGGUAAGUCAGCCCUGGUCAACUCAUUGCAUCAAAUUGGGAGGAUUAGUGCUGCAGAGAAAGGAAAGUUGAAACAUGCAAUUGUGAGUCCACAUCCAGGUGAGACGAAAGAUAUCAUCAGCUUGAAGAUUGGUAGCCAUCCCAAUAUUUAUGUGUUGGACACCCCAGGUGUUUUGCCUCCUAAAAUUCCUGACACUGAGGUCUGCUCCAAGUUAUCUUUAACAGGAUCAAUUAGAGAUUGCUUAGUAGGGGAAAGGGAAAUUGCUCAAUAUUUUCUGGCUAUCCUCAACUUAAGUGAUGAAUACAAGAAAUGGGCAAAGUUGGCCAUGCAUGAGAAUGACGGAAUAUUCGUAGAUGACAAAGCAGAGUGUUUAAGUAGCUCCGAGUUGGACAUGGAACAGAAAAGACAAUACCCCACAGAUCACACACAGGAUUUCGUAGUGCAUGGUAUUCGUCGGACUCUCUUCGAGACGAUUUCAUCUUUUGAUGGUAAUGUGGAAGACGAGAAGGGCAUGGGCAGGCUUAUUGAGACACAAUUCACUGCAUUGCGUGAAGCCUUUCGGGUUCCUGUGGAACUUGGUGAGGAGGCUCAAAAUAAAGUUGCUGCUAAGUUACUAAAUCUCUAUCGUACUGGACGGCUAGGACACUAUACUAUAGAUCCUAUGCCCUGCCACACUCAGUGACACUUUGUUUUCUAUUCUAUUCACUCAGUUUUUGUUUACAAUUAUUAGUUAUUAUAAUCAUUAAUUUUUAUAUAAGCAAUCUCAAGGUUUUGAUUACAUUAUAUAUUA